AUGGGUAGCUUGGAAUCUUAGGCGUCUAAGCUCUAAAAAGGUAAGAAAAGAAAAUUUUAGAUAAAAUUUUGGUGUAGAUUGGUAAAUUGAGACUGGGCUAUCAUCGAUAAUUGUCUCUCCCGUUGUCUCUUCUUCUCCCUCUCACAAAGGAAAAACAAAUAAAAAUGGCUUUGCAGCUGUGGGAGACCCUCAAGGAAGCAAUCACCGUCUACACGGGUCUCUCUCCAGCCACCUUCUUUACAGUUCUGGCUUUGGCUUUGGCCGUCUACUAUGUGAUAUCUGGGUUCUUUGGAUCCUCGGAUAAUCAUCCAAGGCCUAGAAGCGUUGAGGAGCAGAUGCAACCUCUGCCUCCUCCUGUUCAGCUUGGUGAGAUUACUGAGGAGGAGCUCAAGCAAUAUGAUGGCUCUGAUCCUAAGAAGCCUCUGCUCAUGGCUAUUAAGGGUCAGAUCUAUGACAUCUCUCAGAGCAGGAUGUUUUAUGGACCUGGUGGACCUUAUGCAUUAUUUGCGGGAAAGGAUGCCAGCAGAGCGCUGGCAAAGAUGUCCUUUGAAGACAAAGAUUUGACUGGUGAUAUCUCUGGUCUUGGUCCAUUCGAGUUGGAUGCCUUGCAGGAUUGGGAGUACAAGUUCAUGAGCAAGUAUGUUAAAGUCGGAACUAUUAAGAAGUCUGUUCCAGUAACUGAUGAAGCUGCUUCUGCUGGCGAACCUGCAGAAACUAAAGAAGCAGAUGUUUCCAAGCCUGCAGAAGAUGGUCCAUCAGCUCAUGGAGCUGUGGAAACUCCUCCGGGUGCUGAAGCCAAUGAGUAAUAUUAAAAUGUAGCUGCAUGAUUAAAAAUAUGGGAAAUGAAUACUUAUGGAGAUGCCAAGAAUGAGCGAUGUUUGUUUGGAUGCAUGUACUUGGUGAAGGUUGUUUGUAAUUUUAGUAUUACUUUCUCAAUGUAGUAUGGUUCUGUUGCACACUUGCUUUUACGUUUAGAAUUUUGAGUAAUAAAUCAGUAUGUUAAAAGCA